CCUUUACGCUGUCGCAAUGCUGCACUUCCCUGAAGAAAUUGCGUGAAUUUCGUCAAAUUAGCGGAAAUUAUUUAAGAUUUUUAUGACGACCAUGUAAAAUAUAUGCCGAUUGUGUUAGUCUAGUGGAAUUCCAUGAUCCAUAUUUAAAAUGAGCGAUAGUAAAAUUCGAGUUAGGCUACCUAAUUAUACGCCUGCUGAAGAACACUUUUUGCUUACCUUGGUAAAGCAGAAAUCAAAUGUAGUUGAAUCUAACUUAUCGGACUCAUUUACCUGGGUGACAAAGCGCAAGGCAUGGGAUGAAAUAGAUUUGGAGUUCACCAGGAAGUUUGGCUUGAGAAGAGGCGCAAAAAAUCUGCGAGAAAAAUAUGUAGUUUUGAAACGUGAUCAAAAGCAAUUGGAACGAAAGAAACAUUUGGAUAGGGUAGCCGAAAUAUUAGGCUUGGCAACGGACAGCAAAACAAGUGCUGAUAGUAAUGCUAUAAAUACAUAUGGUACGGAAACUGAAGCAGCUAAAAAAUGGUAUCAUAGAGGAUGAACGGCUGCAAGAUACUGAAUCUAGAGAUACUGAGCACCCUAACCAAUGGUUUUACUCGAGUUCAGAAAAGUCAAUACCAAAUGAAAACGUGAUAUCAUAUUCUCCAAGUUAUUUCAGGACAAAUAAAGAGUCCUCGACUAACACAGAGCGCUUAUUUUGGGAAAAUGAGGAACUGCGAGCUGCAGAAAAGCACAGAUGGGAUGCAGAGAGACAUAAACAUGAUGUUGAGAGGCAUCAAUGGGAAUUGGAGAAGCAUAAAUGGAAAUUAAAAGAACACAAAUUAAAGGAACAGAUUUUAGAGCAGGAAUUAAAGAGUAUGUCACUCCGAGCCAGCUCGAGAACCACUGCUGGCGAUACUAUUACACCUGCGGAAAAAGAUGAUCUUCCAAAAAAUUUGCAAGCCUCACAAGAAGAUGUCGAAAAGACAGACAGCAGCCUUUUACUGCUGCGCUCUCCUUCAACGCUAUUGCCUCAAAUAAAAAAGGAGCCCACACUUGAAAUUACUGAUAUACCAGCCACUACCUUCAACGAAAUUCGUACACUGACCAAUGCAACAGAACUGCGUAAAAGAUUUGGCAGUGUGAGCGCAGAUGAACAUUGCGCCAUUAAAAAAUUAAAAUCUACACAACAGGUGAUCAGCGAAGAGCAUAUUCAAUUGGAGGAAAGGGUAUUAAACAACGACACGCUUGAUAUGAAUAGCACCGAUGGCAGCUACUAUGACUUGUCACAUUUGGUUAAUGGAGAAUUCGAUUCGGAUAUUGGACACAAUGAAGAUGAAGAUGAUGAAGCCUACCAUGCUUUAAAUGUAGAAACGGGAAAGGCACAAGAUGAGAACGAAUUUUUACAACUUUUGACUAAAUAUAAACUACGACAUCAUUUUUUUAAAUUGGAAGAGCUGAAUAUUGAUUUGGAUUGCUUAAAAUCUAUAAGUGAUAUGGAUAUAAAGGAUAUAUUUGGAUUUGAUAUCGGUGCACGUAUACGCUUUCGUGGCUUAGUGGAAGAAUGGCGCGCUGCUAAUACGAACUCAAACACAACUUCCGGUUGUCAAAUGGGGUUGGAUGAGACUGCCACUAAACGAGAUAUUGCCGAACUCAAAGAAUUGAUAAGAGAUACACACAAUUCCCUUCUCAAAGCACAACAAAAAACGCAAAUUUUUCUUAAAAAAGUGACAGAUGAAGACCUAAAAUCCGUUCCAGCAGCAACCGCAAGCCAAACUCAUUGUCAAAUUGGUCAAAAUUUUGUCACAAAUUCUAAGCGCAAGGAAGUACUGCCGAAAAACCCAUACCAAACGGUUUCGGAUUUUAAAACAUUCGAAGAAUUACUUAAGGAUUCCAAAGAUUUAUAUACGAAUUUGGUUGACGAAUUAACGACACAUCAAUUUAGCAAUUCUGUUUCUUUUAUAAAAUCAAUUUGGCGUCGUAUUAUGACCGAUAAUGUCGCUCAACAUUUUUGUUGGAAUGGAACGCCUGAGAAGACAGCCAUACGCACAUUGUGCGUAACAAAUGCGCUAAGGGAGGCAUAUCUACACAAGUACAAUUAUAGUAGCAACGAAGAAUUUCAGCGCACUACUAUAUCCUUCUUCCAGUAUGCAAAAGCUCGUCGACAGCUGAAAGAAAAUUACGAAAAGUUUAAAGCUGCUAGUUUGCCGCUAUAAAAUUAAAUGCACACCAGGUACAUAGUAUGUAAGUUGGGUCAGUUAAGGGCAAUUCGCUUUUUUAAUAAGCGCAACUAAGAAACGAGUUAAAAUUAGGAGCUUUCAAUACAUUAUAGAUUGGAUUUGAAUUUGAAUAUUUAAUUGAAAAUACUUUCAA